CCAAAGUGAGAGAAGACUUGCGAAUAUCUCGCGUAAAAUAAAGCAAAUUUCUUCUUCCUCGUUGGCUUCUGUAAGCUCUCUCUUUCUCUCGCUGGACUGAACCAACAACCAUCAGGGAAGAGGAAAAAUCAAUGUAUAUGUGAAAUUUAAUUUCAGGAUUACAACCUCCGCCUGAAAUGAACCCAAUCCCUAACCCUUACCCUAACCCUAUCCCUAAUUCUAAUCCACCACCCAUUGACCCUUAUUACUCCUCUUAUGCCCAAAACCCCAAUACUCAAUUCUCUCUUCAGCCACUCCAUUAUGUCUAUACUAAUCCCUCCGAUGCCGCUUCCUCCGCCAACGCGCUCAGACCACCUGGAGUGGACUCCUACCCCUCCCUAACCUCUUUCCCACAACCCAACCCCCUCUCUUAUGUACAAGCUGACGCCUCUGGGUACUAUUUGGAUCCCAAUUUGCAGAUUUGGGCUGCCAAGGAGGCCAUCCAGCAGUAUGGUACGGACCCGGCUGGAUAUGGAGGCGCUGUUGCUGUCAUGAUACCUCAAGGGGCAACUGAACAGUUGGCCGUUGCACAUCAAGAGUCCACCGUGUGGACGAACUUAGCAUUUCAGCUUCAGGGAAAUGGAGCUUUGAAGAAACACCAAAAGAAAACAAAGGUUGUUCAAUCUGCUUAUUGCGAAGUUUGCAAGGUAGACUGUAACAGCAAUGAAGUACUUGACCAGCAUAAAUUGGGAAAGAAGCACAGGAAAAACAUGGAGAAAUUACAAGCGGCUGCUGCAGGCCCCAGUGCUUCAUCAGUGUCGUGUAAUCUAAUUAUUGGGCCAAAGGAAGACCCGGAUAAGGUCAAAGUUGGCAAUGGACAAAAGGGACAAAAGGGAAAGAGGAAAGCAGCUGCACCAGCAGAAGAUUUAGAGACAAAGAGAAGAAAAAUUGUUGAAGGUGGGGCAGCAGCAGAGGCAAUCAGAGUAUGUGCAAUUUGUAAUGUGGUUUGCAAUAGUGAGAAUGUGUACAAUUAUCAUCUCACUGGACGCAAGCAUGCUGCAAUGCUGAAGAAACAUGGAGUAAGAAUGGUUUCUGCCUCCUAAAAUAAAAUAUCUGGAAUUUGGCAAAGCUAGCACUCCUGUGAUUUUCAGUGCUUACUAUGUCCAUAUUCUAAUUGGAAGAUGUUACCUGUUUUGCAUUGGUGCUGUUUUAGAGAACAAACUUUCGUGCAGAAAUUUGAGGAAUGUUCUUGUUGACUCCCUAGGACGCAUUCAUUGAAGUUAAAAGCUUCUGGCCUUCAUUGAGAAAUCUCAAGCUAAUCCUACCAUCCUAUACAAAUAGCCAUUACCUUCGAGGAACAUAUGUGAAUCACUGGCACAGCAUGGGAGACCGAGAAUCUUGUGCAUACCAGGUGUAGGUUUCAAUUUUACUUCCCCCUUUUCCAUUGUUUUUAAUUGUUAUCUAUUAAAUGGUAUUGUUGCUAGUUAAUUUGUAUCAGUUGGAAGGGGUGUGAGUGUCAUCAUCUGUAUGAGACAGGCCUAUUUAAGAUUGUGCCAGUCAGAGACUCUCAAGUUAAUUUCAAACAGAUCAAGUUUACAUUUGGUUAGGAAUUUAGAUGUUUCUUAUUUUUCUUUUUUAUGUGACAGCAUAUUUAUCUCUC